AACUGACAUAAACAAUAAUGAAAACCAUACUGAAGCAAUUUUACAUUUUGAUUGUUUUAUUAAGUAUCAAUGAAGUAACCUUAGGAAAUGAAGAGAAUAUAUACGGUGAACAAUUGAAAAGACCACAAUGUCAUCUCCUAUGCGGAAUUUGUAGACGUAUAGGAAGAUUGAUAAAAACGUUCAUUGAACAUGAACCAUUCCUCCCAUUAACCUCAAAAAUAAUAUCUCAGAUAUGCAAAUUAAUUCCUGAAGAACAGUGGAGAGAUGAAUGUCUAGACAUUACAAAUUAUUUACCGAGGACAAUUCAUCAAUUGGCUCAUCAUAUGAAUGUUACCUUAGAAUGUUCUAAACUAGGUUUCUGUCACCAUAAACACACAAUGUUAUCAGAUUCUGAAAUUUCAUCAUGUAUUAAUGAGCAUAUAAAUUAUGGCUUGUCUUUAGCCAAAUCACCAGAAUAUGAAGAGAUAAUCAUAAAGAAUAUGUGUAAACAUCAUGCAGCUGAUAAACACAAAAUUUACAUAUUGAAUUAUGAAAUUUUAACCUCUUUAAUAAAUAAUACAAUAAAAUAAUAAUAAUAAUUGAAA